AUGGACCGGACUCGAUCCAGAUUUCCUAUCCAGCACUACUUUGCACAUUUGAAAGUCUAUAGCGACCGUUCCCUUACUUUCCAGUCUGACAUCUACAACGCGUUUAUCGGAAUCGCCAACACGGUCUAUGGAGCGGAUGUCUUGGUUUACGGAUUACCACGCCACGAUUUCGAUCAGGCCCUGCUCUGGAUCGCGGGAGACUAUGCCCCCGAUGGCCGCGAUGCCGAAAACAUCACAUUGCCGAGUUGGUCCUGGGCUUCUGUUGACGGCCAAAUCGAAGUCUUAGACUAUGAUUGUUUCUCUUUCUGUGGCACUCUUGUGCAGUGGACAGUAUGUGUGGAAUCUGAGGGGCAACUUUCGCUUGAGCGCAUCGACUCUGACAACGCACCAAUAUCCUGGAUUGAGCAACAAAAUCUAUCAAUAUACCGCAACUGGGAACCUGAUAUGUCGUUGGAUGGGGGUCAUGGUCUUUCGCCUUCCCUGUAUAUGGCAUUGGUUUGGGGUCAAGAUUGCAUUGGGGCACCACGACCCUCUGGAUUUUGGUCCUUCAACAACCACACAUUCGACGAGAUGAGCACCAUGGCGCACGAUCUCUGGCCUACUUACAACGCAUAUUAUCGAACUAUGGAUUCGGGGAAAGAUCAAAGCCAACGAGAUACAACAACCUUUCCAUCAACUCGUAUCCCUGGUUCCUUGAUUGGUCGCGUGCAGACGGCAAUACUAGAGAUCCUGAUCAAUAGCGAUGACGAAUGGAAACUGGUCUAUAAAGGCCGCCAAAUUGGAGUCACGUAUUUGUCCACGUCAUCUUGGCGGCGUGGUUCCACAAUCAAGGCCAUUGCACUCUCGGUCUUCAACAUGGCCGACCCAGAGCGGAACAACCAAUUCUAUCUGCAAAAGUUCUCAUCUUGCUAUCCUAGUAUUCGCAGGGGGGUCUCUGCAAGGGAAGAGAACAAGAGGGUUGUGGCUGCCGGGGAGGAAAUAUUGCGGGACCCGAAAGAAAAUCUAACGUUCUUCGAUUGCAACGGAGAGGCUCUCCUACCGCCCCCCAUGCUGAGGCUCAUGAUUAUCGAGGAAGACGGCCCGUCGUACCGUCGAAUUGGUCUGGGGUGGGCGUAUCUGGCGCGUUGGGUUCAGACAGAUCGCAAGUUUGAGACUGUGACGUUGAUAUGA